AUGUGUGGACGCCAUUCGCAUCCCCACAUCUCAUAUCCCAUCGUCCAGCACGUGUGUACGCCCAGCUGUUCAAACCUCUCGACCAUCUGUCCGGUCACUUCCCUCGCCUCGCCUCUCCUCUCCUCUCAUUCAUACACUCUCCCACCUACUGAACGGAUGGUUGUUCUUUCCUCCGCCUAUACCGCUAAAUCCAACAGCUUCUCUAUCACCAACCUCCUUGGCGAUGUGAAUGGAAAAGCUGCAACGUACUCAGCCAAUCUGCCUAGAAAGAAUCGUGCUAGAGCAGCACAACAGCGUAUUAAAGCUAAUGCAAGGGAAAGAGGAAGGGUGCACACUAUUGGAGCGGCUUUUGAAGCGUUGAGAAAGUCAGUUCCAGUCUCCGGUGAGUGCAAAUUGACGAAACUUUCAGUCCUGCGCAUUGCUGCGGCAUACAUUGAAACACUGGUGGCAUGUUUGGAGGCGAGUCGGAUUGAAGAACAGGAAGAGGAGGCGGAGGCGAAGGAGAUGGAGAAGCCGGAAGAUCUUUCGCGCGUUGCUAGGGCCUCCCCGAACCAUCUCCCUUCUGCCAUUCAUCCCUCUCUUAUCAGUUGCGUUAUGAUGGUUAACGGAGAAGAGCAACCGAAGCGAGCGCCAGAGACGACAUUCAGGGAAGAGUGA